AUGCUCGCAUUUCGCCCCCAAAGCGCCCCUUUGAGGCUCCUCACGCGCUCGGUAUCCUCAAAAUGCAAGAUCGAGGAAAUAAUUCGUGUCGAUCAUGCCGGUGAAUUGGGGGCUGAUGUGAUAUACGCCGGUCAAAUGGCAGUGUUAGGGAGCACCUCCAAAGGCCCCAUCAUCAAACACAUGUGGGACCAGGAAAAGGGCCAUAGGGCCAAAUUUGAGGAAUUGAUAAGAAAACAUCGCGUCAGGCCCACUGUAAUGACUCCAAUUUGGAAAGUGGCUGGGUUUGCUCUGGGGGCAGGGACUGCCCUUUUGGGGGACAAAGCAGCGAUGGCGUGCACUGUGGCUGUCGAGACGGUUAUUGUGGAUCAUUAUAACGAUCAGCUAAGGGAGCUGAUGGAGGAUCCUGAGGCGAAUAAAGAGUUGUUGGAAACUAUUACGAGGUUUAGGGAUGAGGAGCAGGAACACCAUGAUUGUGGGAUUGAUCAUGGGGCUGAGCAGGCGCCCUUUUAUAAGGCUCUGACUGAGGCGAUCAAGUUGGGGUGCAAGGGGGCCAUAGCCAUCUCCAAAGUCAUUUAAACUGUCUCAGUGUAUUUAUUAUUGUAAAUAAAUGUCUGUGACUUUACUUUUUAAAUAAAGAUACUAUUUCAAGUUAA